AUGCCCCCCGACAAACAGCCACCUGUUGUUGUCAGCACCACCAUGUCUAACUGUGGUUUCCGUGGUUACCGCACUAUCUCACAGCACCUGAACGACCUGAAGAAGGAGAACUUCAGCCUGAAGCUGCGGAUCUACUUCCUGGAGGAGAAGAUCCAGCAGAAGUUUGAGGAGAGCAGCGAUGACGUGCACAAGAGGAACAUCGAGCUGAAGGUUGAAGUUGAGAGUCUGAAGAAGGAGCUGGAGGAGAAGCAGCAGUUUUUGGACAAAGCUCUGUCGACGGCGGAGUGUCUGUCCAAUCAGAAUGAAGCGGAGCUGCAGCGUCGCCUGGAGGAUCGACAGGAAGAGAUCAGCCACAUGCAGGAGAUCCUAGAGACCAAGGUCCAGCUGCUGCAGGAGGAGGCCCUGCUGGCCCGAGGCGAGGCCCAUAAGAUGGCCUCUCUGGCGGACUCGGAGGCCCAGCGCUGCCUGGCUCUGGAGAGAGAGAUGCUGAGGAGGAUGGAGGAGUGCGGAGGAGACGUGGGUCGACUGGCUCAGCACGCUCUGGCCGACAAGGACAGGUGA